UGCAAUAAUUGCAAGUAAUUGCCUUGGAGAUAUCAUUAAACCAGAAAAAAAUUUAAAAAAACAAGAUGUAUUACACUUCUUGUAUUCAAAGAUUCAUCAAAACAAUAAAGAAGAUGCUAUAAUGGAAAUCUUGAUUAUGCAUAAAGUUGGUCUUCAUGAAUUAGAAAAUCCAGUGAAAUAUAGAUUCCUUAAUUUAUCCCCCAUAUUCUACAGAUGGGUUAUUGAAAUAUUUGGUCCAUGUUCAGAAAUAACCAAAGUAUGUUUUGAUGAUAUUCUUGAAUCUCGUGUUUGUGCAGAUUUGUAUCUUCAACAAAAUCCUGGGCAAGAAAUUCCUGGAGACAUGAAGGAUUGCACUUUUAAAGCUAUUCUUUCUUUGUAUCGUGAUUAUUGUAAUGAAAAG